CCCCGACCGGUGCUUCUUGCCAGAGGCGAAAUUGCUUAAGCGGACUCCUCGGCGUGCGUCUCUGCAAAAAACCCAAACCCCAGCAUGUUCAGGGCGGGUUAUGGGAAAUUCUUAAAGCUUCCGCCUGUUGGGUUUGGAAAUCAACAAAUCCUUCCUCGCUCGAGAAGAACAAUGGGGCGGCUCUUCGGUUCCCUCCCCUCCUCCCCUGCCGGGGCUGCCUCAGCUUCUGCCUGAGGGAAAGGCGCAAAAGCGCAAGCGCCGGGGAGACGCUCCAUUGGCCGCCUCCUUCCCGUCAAGGCCCUGCGCUCCACGCAAUUAGACUGAGCCAGGCGCGCCUUUUCGAGGCGAGAGAGAGGGGGAAAGAGUUUGCUCGCGCCGUCAGUGCAGCUGGUCAGGGGAAGCCGCUACUUCGCCUCCUCCGCUGCCUUAAUCGUAGCAGCAGCAGCAGCAGCAGCAGCAGCAGCAGCGGCGAGCUCGGCUGACGGAGCGAGGCAGCCGAGAUGUUCGUGGCGCGCAGCAUCGCGGCCGACCACCGCGACCUCAUCCACGACGUUUCCUUCGACUUCCACGGGCGGCGCAUGGCGACCUGCUCCAGCGACCAGAGUGUCAAGGUGCGGGGAUGCCGAGAGCGCGCGAAGGCCGCGGGCCCCGGUCUGUUUCCCCUCGUGAAUCGGGCUAGACCCGCGCGGGGCCCGUUGACGCCCAUGCUCCUCCGGCCGGCUCCCUUGCUCGCCCUCCUCUCUCGGGGACCACGCGCUGCCCCUCCGCUGUCCGGCUCCUUCGGUCAGGCCUCAAGGAGGGCUACUGCGGUGGCUUGGGAACUUCUGCCUGCCCUGGGUAACAGGUGGUCAUGGGGAGGGGGGCUUGUAGGAGGACCACGUUUUUAUAGCAGCCUUUUUACAACGGAAGAAAUAACAAACUGUAGGACAUGAGAAAGUCCCUGUUUUGUUUUUGUAGCGCGGGAGAAAACCCAAAACAGGCCCAUGGACUGCUUUUGGUGGCAACUUCCAAGUUACAGUACUUGAACUAAUAAUAAAAAAGGCAGGAUGCGUGUGGUAUGAAUGAAAUGGUUAAGUCGGGAACUUCUCUAGCAGCGUGUCUUGUCCCCUGCCCUCUUUGGCAAAAGUUCCACGGAAUUCGAUGGGGCUUACUUCCAGAUAGCAAGGGUGCAUACGCCUCUGUCCUUAAUCAUCUUUCUGUAUUUUGGACCAGUGCAAUGUAAUUAAACUUAAAGGGUUCUCAAAGGCAAUGUUGGGCAAGUCAUGGUAGAUGGAAGAGUCACAACUUAUUAAUGGAGAAAGCAAGUAAUAAUGUGGGAUGAUGGACAUGUUCAGAGGCUUUUUCAUUAAACAUGCAAUUAGUGUGACUAAUUUUUCUGAUUUUUGUUUUGUGUUAAUACCCAUGGGUCCAUCAGAAGAUUUGUGUGGCCUUGUAACAUACCAUAUUUUUCGCCCCAUAGGACGCACCGGCCCAUAGGACGCAUCAAGUUUUUUUGGGGGGAAAUAAAGAAAAAAAAAUUUAUUUUCCCCCCCAGGCGCUUGUGGGGCCGGCAGCGGGGAGAAGCGCUCUUCUCCCCUCAGCCCGCCUUCGGACCAGGUCCGGGGACAGCGGGAAGACGUGCUGCGCCUCCCAGCUGUCCCCGGAGCUUGCGGGGCAGGCAGCGGGGAGAAGCGCUCUUCUCCCCGCCGCCCGCCUUGAGAUCAGGUCCGGGGACAGCGGGGAGACGCGCUGCGCCUCCCAGCUGUCCCCGGAGCUUGCGGGACAGGCAGCGGGGAGAAGCGCUCUUCUCCCCGCCGCCCGCCUUCAGAUCAGGUCCGGGGACAGGAGGAAGACGCGCUGCACCUCCCCACUGUCCCCGGAGCUUGCGGGGCUGGCAGCGGGGUCUCCCCGCCGUCAGCCUCCAAACCACUUCGGGAGACAGCGGGAUGGUGGCGUUCCGCCUCCCUCUGUCCCCCGACCUUGUGGGGCUGGCGCUGGGGCUCUCCUGAAGCCUGGAGAGCGAGUGGGGUCGGUGCGCACCGACCCCUCUUGCUCUCCAGGCUUCAGUGAAAGCCUGCAUUCGCCCCAUAGGACGCACACACAUUUCCCCUUCAUUUUUGGAGGGUAAAAAGUGCGUCCUAUAGGGCGAAAAAUACGGUAUGUAUGCAAUAAGUUGUUUGCUUUUAAAAAGUGGUUUGAGAUUAUUUUCCAGAGUUUUGCAGUACAGGUUUGCAAUAGGUGUAGACAAUUUGGAUUUAUUUUCCUUAAUGGGAAUUAGUGAUUUGGGAUUAAUAACGAUUUAGGCUGCAAUCCUAACCAUGUUUACUCAGAAGCCAGUCCUAUUGAAUUUAAUGGAGUUUACUCCCAAGUAGGUGGGUUAGGAUUGUAAAUCAUUCUUCAGUGUUCACCCCUCUUAACCUGGGAGUAAACCCCACUGAAUUAAAACUUUUGAGUAGAUGUAGAAGGCUGUGUAAGUGUGUACCAGCUGAGAUAUAGAUUGAUCCUCUUUGUUUACUCAGAAGUAAGUUGAACUGAGCUCAAUGGCACUUUCAAGUAAGGAUACUAGUUUUGCAGCUGAGAAAGAACACAGACUAGAGGUGUGUAUUGUACUGUCUUUUACCUAGAGUAAACCUAACUAAAAUUAAUGGAUCUCAGUUUUUUCAGUGGGACUACUGUUGUAUGUAAUUCAGAGUAAUGUUCAUUAGGGGUGUGUAUGUAUAUUCUAUAUAUUCUCUAGAUAAUAAUUAUAAUAUACUGUAAUGAUUCAUGUCUAGCUGACAUGUAAAGUUUGCAAGUCAGUACCGUAAUUAUGUGUUCACUUGGAAGUAACUUCCAAUGUGGUAAAUGAAUUUAAUUCCCAGGUAAAAAUGCAGAGUUUUAAUGAUAAAAUUGAUUUAUCUUGCUUUAUAUAGGACAAUGUAUUGGCGAAACUAACCAUUACUUCUAAGACCCAUUUUGCACAUGUCAAUUUUCCUGCAUAAAUAUUGCUCCCAUGUAGAAAUUUAUAUGCACUGUGUCAUCCUGCACAUGUAGAUGUCUGCAUGUAGCAGAAUGCUAUGAUUAGCUGUAACUUCCCAAUGUAUAUUCAGCAAAUACAUACUUAUGUGCUAUGCCAUAUAACCUUUUCAUACACAGAAGCAGUGUUAGAAACUGGGAUAGAAAAGCUAUAAGCGAAAUGGCUUCUGAGACCUAGGUUGAGGCCACCAAAACAGAAUGCCUAGUUGCCAUGGGGGGGGGGUGUUCAGCAACAUGUUUUAUUUUGAUAAGCAUGAACUGGUGUUUACAUUAAAAAUAUUGUUACCAUACUUCAGUUUUGAAACACCCUACUUUUAAUUGUUAAUUGUCUAUACUUAACUUGUACUUCGAGGCUUCAAAGCACAUACAUUUCAGUAAUCCUUGAGAGUGCUCAUAAAUGGAGAAUCUUUGGAGAAGCACAAAAUGUGCUUGGCACCCUACUAAUUUUGAACCCUGCAUAGAAAUUAUAUCUGUGUAAGAAAAUGAUAUAGGUAGCCUCAAGGAUUCCAAGUGGUCCAAUGUUGGGGCCAGAUACUCUUGUGGUCCUAGUGAACAGAGGCAAUUCCAAAUUGGAAUAGCACACACACUCACUGUCCUUUUUAUAGAGAAAUCUAUGCACAAUUCUUAUUUGGCUCACAUAUGAGUUGAUAUUAUAGAAGAAUAUUUGUGGUUUAGCAUCCUUCUGGGACUCUCCACAAACCUUGAUCUAUGGACUUGUUUGUGGGAUCAUUGUACUUUCUCUAACUUUUGAAUAAAAGAUUUAGAUAUUGUUUGGUUUUCUUAAUAGGUUUGGGACAAAGGUGAAAAUGGAGAAUGGCACUGUACUGCCAGCUGGAAGGUAAGGGCUGAAACCUGGAAAAAUCAGUUGCAUGCAACAGUUUUUGGCAUGAGAAGCCACAAUGUAGGGAAAGAUUCAUUCCAAACAAUGCAGUCCUAUGCAUGUUCACUCAGCAGUAAAAUUAUCUUUGUUCAAUGGGGCUUACUCCCUUGUAGUUUCUUAAGGAUUGCAGCCUGAAUGUGUAACCCGAUAAUUGUCUGCAGCUAUAAUUCGGUGUAAAUUACUUUACUUUUAACUGCUAAGUCAGUCCCUAUGAAUGUUUAACUACACAAAACUCCUGGCGUGAAAUUUUGUUUCCUCUCUGUUGAAACUAUAAAGAUGCUCAUGUAUACAGAUGUUCAUGUUUCUGUUCAGAUUUGCAAAAAUGUUUUCCUUGAAUUUUCCAUUCACACUUUACAUAUUUCCAGUCUGUUUCUUCAAUAUGCAGGUCCUUUUCCAAGAUGGCUAGCGGUAUAUGGAUCACAAAAACACCCCUCUUCUUAUUAAAAGAAAUUUGGUGGAGGUCUCUCAUGUUGUGCUGACACUUGGAUAAGGUAGAAACUCCUACCUAUCCCAAAGCUCAGUGUCAUAUGAGUUAUUCCUUACGUCCAUCUCAUCAAGUCCUUUUGUAUAUGCCACUUGGGAAGUACCAUAUUUUUCCAUGUAUAAGACAACCCCUAUUUUUUGGGACUGCAACAGAAAUUGGGGGAGGGGAGGAGGAAUUGCCCAAAUUACUUUACAGCCUGCCCACCACUGCAAAUCACACGCAUCACCACGACCACCAAACAUCUGCAUGCUCGCUGCCAAAAGCCCACCUGCCCACUCAACGCAACCACAGCCAAUUGCACGCAUGACUCGCCGCUGCCAUGAAUCGGCCGCCCAAUUGCCGCAGCCAAUCAUCAGCAGGCCUUGCCGCGGCAACCAAUCACACGCCCAAUCGCUACUGCCAGUCUGCUGGCUUCUGCCACCAAUCGCCCAUCCCCCCUCUGCUAUCCGUGUAUAAGAUGAUCUGCAAUUUUUGCCUAUUGUUUCUAAGGAAAAAACAUUGUCUUAUAAACGGAAAAAUACGGUAUCUCUUGUGACACAAAACUGUGGAUCAGGCAAAAGGAGCACAUGGUUUGCCUGCUUCAAAUCAUGGUUUUGUGUGGCAUGCAAAUGUGGCCAACAUGUAUCCAUGUGGGAAAUUGCCUCCAGGGUCCACUUGGAAUAUUAUGUGUGCAUGGACUUUGACCCUAUUACUUCAGUUAACUGGGUAGGUGGUAUACAACAUAGAAUCAUGGAAUCCUAGAACUGUAGGGUUGGAAGGGACCCUGAGGAUCAUCUAAUCCAACUCCCUGCAAUACAGGAAUAUUCAGCUGUCCCAUACAUUUUAGUUUGUGUUUUGGAAAUGGAUCAGUCAAGGGGAGGACUGUAAAGGGACUUUGAUGUUUGAUACUUAAUUUAUAUUGCUGUUACUAUUUUUCCUCCCAGCCUAGAAAGGUGCAUACGUUAAAACAUCUUCAAUUUUAGUCUCUGGUUUUCAAGUUCCAGUUCUUCUUACCUUUCCAGACACAUAGUGGAUCUGUGUGGCGUGUUACAUGGGCACAUCCAGAGUUUGGACAGGUCUUGGCUUCCUGCUCUUUUGACAGAACAGCUGCUGUAUGGGAAGAAAUAGUAGGAGAAUCAAAUGAUAAACUUCGAGGGCAAAGUCAUUGGGUAAGGUUUGAAGAGUGACAGUUCUAAUGCACUCAUUUCUCACAUAUAAUUUGUAACAUUGUUGCUGCCUCGAGGAUUUACUUUGCUAAAUUUCACAGUUAAGAGAUUUAUUAUAAUUUUUUUAAAGAAAAGUUCUAUAUUCACAAAGCUACAUAUUUGAAUAUAUAUAGAUAUAUUUAGUUUGAUUUGUUUACUAUACAUGGCUUUUAACGAAUCAUAAGCUUGGACCCUACAUUUUUCUUCUAUUCAGACAAGGAGAUGUGUGAUAUCUACCAACUUCUCUCCAUCUGCAGUCCCACAUCGCAUAUCCUACACCAAUCUCAAGAGCUCCUCAACUCUCAGGAGCAGAUUUUUGGGAGGUGUAGGGAGUUGCAGAGAGGAGGUGACAAAGCCCCAUUAUGUGAACAGAACUCCAUUCCUUUUGUGUAAUAAAAGUUAAGAUCCAAGCUGUAGCUCUGGUGGGAUGUUGAUUAUCCUGUUAAUCCACAUGAUUGGGGUGAGGUUGGGGUUGAAAAGUAUGGGAGGGCAAAGGCCGUGAUUCAAAUACCACUGACAGUCUUCUGCAUAUGCACAGAAACAUUUUAGCUCUCUCCUUCCAGCAGCUGCCUUUACUGCCUCUUGAAAAGCCCUCCUCCAAGGUUGGGGGCGCCCCUAGACCUGGACCCUAGAGCAGAGACUGCCUAAUGCAGCCCUUUGACACUACUAGCCAAUCUGACCUAGCAAGAAAUGAAUUGUCUUACUCAAAUUCAAGUAUCUAUUAGUUUUAAUUCUGAUUAGCUUCUACUGUUUGCUUGGCUCUUACCUUUAGUAUUAACAAUGAUCUGCCCAUCGCAGUAUACAAGAGCAUUCUUUAUGCUUACAGCUAGAAUGUAUUUCAAUUGAAUUUUUCAUAAUAUCAAAUGAACAUACUUGCUCUUCUUAACUUUGGAGCUUGUAAGAUUUCUAAUACAGUUAUGUUUCAUGGUUAUGUUUUUCAUGAAAUUUAUCAAAUGUGUAGUAUCUUACCUGUUUACAGAUAAAAAUUUAGCGCUCUAUUCUAAAGUUUAUUUACCUAAAGAAAUAAAUGAUGGUGCAUCUAAAAAUCUGUUUUCCUUCUUCUAAUGACUGCUCCGUUGAUUAUCUUUAGGUGAAGAGGACUACUCUGGUUGACAGUAGGACAUCAGUUACAGAUGUAAAGUUUGCUCCUAAGCAUAUGGGCCUCAUGCUGGCAACAUGUUCAGCAGAUGGAGUUGUUAGGAUAUAUGAAGCACCAGAUGUUAUGAAUCUCAGUCAGUGGUCACUUCAGCAUGAAAUCUCAUGUAAACUAAGCUGCAGUUGUAUUUCUUGGAAUCCUUCAAGGUAAGCUAUCAAUUCUCUUGACAGGCUAAUCAGAAAGUAAAGAGGGAGGGAAACCCUAAAGGUAAUUGGCUUGUUUCCUUCUUGUGUAAUCUUUAUUUAAAUUCUUGACUGUAAAAUAGUGGUGCUGGGUCUAAAAGGAAUUCGAGACUAUUGAAUAGUUAGACUAGGUGAUGCAAAAAACCUUUCUGUCUGAGAUCCUGAGAUCCUACCAUCAGGUGUCCACUGUGCAUGUUGUUUUUUAAGAGAAAAUGUAUUGAAGAAUUUAUUUUCAUCAUCAGAAAUCCUCUGUAAGAAUAUUCCAUUUUGCAUUUGCAGCUCUCGCGCUCAUGCACCUAUGAUAGCUGUAGGAAGUGAUGACAGCAGCCCAAAUGUACUGGCAAAAGUUCAGAUUUAUGAAUACAAUGAAAAUACCAGGUAAGUGGAAGAAAACAAAGCAACUUUCAUUUUUAAACACUUCAUAAUAUUGCUUCACAACAUCAUUUGUUCUUCUGAGACUUGAACAUGUUAAAAUGGUUUGCUGAAACCAUAAUUUGGUACUGAUUUUAAGUUUAUACUAUAGAUCACCAGUGGUCCCUCCAAAUGGCCUGUGUGACCAUUUAUAGCAAAUUCCACCCACCUGCCAAUCAUACAAUGCUAUUUACUGUCACCUGUCUUCAUUCUAAUCUGCCUUGCUGCUUUUACUAAAGUUCCCUCCAAAGUAUAUGUGAAAUACAGUUAAAGAUGAUCCCAUCCGCUUCUGACGCACAUAUACCAUUGGCAUGUGGCCUCCAGAACGUUGGCCAGGUUUGAAUCUGGCCCUUAGGCUGAAAGUGGUUCUCCGUUCCAGCUAUAAACCUAUGGCAGGCUUAUUUCAAGCCUAAAUGUCAUGCUGGGAGUGCAUGGGAGGAGGAAAUCACAGCAGGGAAAGAAGAUUUUAACCUACUUGAGUUCUGUAAGAUCUCCCCUUCCUUAGCCUUGUGGCUAGUAAAGAAAAACCCUAACAUUUUUCCAAGCCUGAUUGUGGUAGUGGGUGAGUGAGUAUUCCCCGCCUCUCUCUGUGGGGGGUAUUUGUAUGUGUGCAUUUGCUCUCUGCCUGUUCUGGCCACACCCAGUUCUGUUCGGGUUCUGCCACUGCAGGCAUUUGACCUUCAGAAAGUUGGCUGCAAGGGGACAUGACCUUCUUGCUGCAGGAGGUUCCCCACUUCUGCUGUAUAGCUAAUGUUCAAGUUGAGGCUGAGGGAGAAGUAACUUGCCAAUGCUCCAUGAUAAUUUAAUGACAGAAGUUGGGCUUGAACAACAAUCUGUAGAGAAUACUGAAUAUUUUAGCUUUCCUAAUAAUAUGCUAUUAUUUUCCUUUAAAGUUUUGCAAGGCUACAUUUAAUUAAUGAAUGCCAACCAUAAAAAUCCUGUCCUGUGUACUUUCCUCCAAAUAUAGAGUCUGUUGCCAAAACAAAGCAGCUUUUUCUACUCAAAGAUCCAAACUCUCUAUAAUAAGCUUGAUUUGACUAAUUGGGAAUAGUGAGUGAUGUUGAAGUAAUGAGAAACAUAUGAUCUGUGGAAAGUUUUCCCCUUCCUAUGGUUUUAAUUUUUUUGAAAUCUAAGAGUACAGUCUGUUUUUUCUGCUAUGAAUCAACAGACUUGCCAUUCUGAGCUUCAGUACCUCAGAAAGAAUUUCCAUAGCACUGCCUAUUAAAUUCAUUGAAGUAAAAAGACAACUUGUGUAUUUAAUGUUUCUGAUUCAAGUCAGUGUUAUUGUUGAGUGACCUGGUCCCAUCCUCUUGCUGUUCAUAACAAAAAUCAGUUGUCACUUGAACACUUCAUAACAUGGCAAUAAUUUUGUAGCAAAUUGUACAUCCCAGACAUCAAAUAGUACAAAUUAUAGUACACAUACAUUCUAGAAAAAAAGGAUUAUUAUCUAGAGAACACUUUUAAAAAAAUACUUUCAUGGGACAAUUUACCGAUAAUGUUGUUAUAAAAACAGUUUUGGGGGGGGGCUUUAAUGUGUUUCUCUGUUUAGAAAUUAAUACACUGUCUGUCUCAUUUUUCAGGAAGUAUGCAAAAGCAGAAACACUUAUGACAGUCACAGACCCUGUGCAUGAUAUUGCAUUUGCUCCAAACCUGGGAAGGUCCUUCCAUAUAUUGGCUGUAGCUACCAAAGAUGUGCGAAUUUUCACAUUAAAACCACUAAGGUGAGUUUUUGACAUACAUAUCCUAUAAUGUGGAAGCAGAUAUUUGGUAUUUUCUUUCUCUCAACUAUGGAACUAAUUGUCCUCAUGGUUAAGAACCGUGUAAGUUUAUUCAAUAUUCAGUAAUCCUUUUUUUUAAGCAGCACACAAAAAAGGGCAAAACAUUGUUUUACUUUCUGUAAUUAAAAGAAUGGAUGUAUUUCAAGCAGAUCAAACUCCAAUAUACAAUUUUGCUUUCAACAGAAAGGAACUGACUUCUUCAUCAGGCCUGACAAAAUUUGAGGUCCAGUUAGUGGCUCAGUUUGAUAACCACAAUUCUCAGGUCUGGCGUGUAAGUUGGAACAUUACAGGCACAGUGCUUGCAUCUUCAGGAGACGAUGGGUGUGUAAGGCUUUGGAAAGGUAAGUGUUCCUUCAGAAUUCUGUGUGAUUAAAUGUUAAAUUAUUAGAAGACUAUGGCUUCAGUCUUAAGCAUACAUAGUAGUAACCUGCUUAGCACUGGCUACAGUUAGAUUUUUAAAAAUAUAAUGUGUUUUAGGAGCUAUAUCAUUAGUUAUACUAUUUUAACUGUCAUAAAAAUAUCUUUCUCAAGUCACAAUUGCAUUAUUUUUUUGUUCAUUCCCACCCUGCAGCUAACUACAUGGACAACUGGAAGUGUACUGGAAUUUUGAAAGGUAAUGGGAGUCCAGUCAAUGCUAGUUCCGCUCAGCAGGGAGUUUUUAAUGCUCCUUUAGGCACAGCCAAUUCAAGCCUCCAGAAUUCAGUAAACGGAACAUCUGCUGGCAGGUAUGCCACUUCGUAUGUAAAUUCUGCAAUUUAAAAACUCUGUUUUGUCAACACCCACCAUUAAUCUCCCUAAAAUCUUAAGCAUCAUUUUGGCUUUCAUAUGCAUCAUUAUUAGUAACUUUUAUAUCAAUAGCUUGCAGAUACAGUUGUCCUAGUCUUAUCUGCAGUGUCCUGUAUGCAACAGAUAAAGUAUUAUAAAGAAAAACUUCCUUCUAGUUACUGUUCACAUACUUCAAAUGCUGAGUUCACUUGAGUAUUUUGAAGACCAUGUCAUUAGCUCUUUUAUUUUCCUACUCGCAGUACUGUAUCUGCCUUUUGUUGCCCUAUAAUACCUUGACCACUCAUUAUCCUACUGUCUCUCAACUAAGGUCUCUUUGACUUCAACCUCCUGUGCUGCUCUCCUACUUCCUGAGACUCCUUGGGAACAUGACCCUCUUCCAAUCCUGUUCUGCAGUAGCUCUAGGCAACCACUUUUUAAAAUUAGCUUUCAACACAAGUCUAUUUUUGGCCUGUCCUCACAAACUUGAUUCUGAAAGGAACCAUUGUUGAGGGAUCAACUUUUUGUGUAGGAUUGCCUCGGGCAGCUUCAUACAGCCACAACCAUUUGAUGGACACAAUUCAGACUAUAUGCUGUAGAUUUAUGUUUUCCACACUUGGGCCCACAAAUACGAGGGCUAGAAAGACAGCAAUCUAUAAAAUUAAAGUGGUCAUGUCUUCAAAUCUGUUCAGUUAAACAGGGUUCUUGUGUUUCCAUUUCUCCCUUAUAAUCUCAGAGUUACAUUUCAGAGGAAAAUUUUGUAUUCCAGGGCACAAAUUUGGAGUCAGAAAUAGUACAGCUUUAAUAAUGAGAUAUACUUGCUGUUGUGGGGUGGAAAAACCCUUUUGAAGCAUAUCAUAUUUGAAAAUGGGGCUGAACUCAGACGUAUUGUAUUGCCCUGAUGAUUCUAUAUAAGCAGAAAUGUAAAUGCUGAGUUUUAGAAGCAGGCUGAUACAAUAGAAUAUUGUUAUUAUGGCUCAGCAUUCUGGUACUUUUGUUAGUAACACUACUAGUAACACUACUAACACUUUUGGAGAUCAACGUCACAAACACCCUAUGCUUAACAAGGAAAUAAUUAAAAUUGUUUUGAGAAGUGAUUGAAAAGAUUAAAAUUUAAUAAACCUACCAAAUACUGUUCCACAGUAUUCUUAUUGUGCUUAUAACCAUAUGUGUCUAAAAUUGUGAUGCAUUUUCCCUUCUCCAUUUGUAUUAUGUCCUUUUUAACAGAAAGCACAGCUGAACCCAAGCUAACUGGAGUAACUUUGCUGUUUUGCUGCUUGUUGCAUGCACACAGGAAUGGAAAGCGAACUCCUUUUCCCCCUCCCCAGCGCCGUUUGACCUCUUCCCAAGACACCAGCAGUCUACCUACUACUAAAAGCAAAUCAAAAGGCUCUAUUAAAAAACACUGUAUGCGUACUUUGCUAGCCAGCACAGUAUGACCUUGUUGGAAUCUGUGGGGAAAAAACAGUAACAUGGAGAGUUUUCUUGUGGAGACACUUCUCCUCUUUCUCUUCAGAAAAAUAUUUUUUUUAUAUAAAUCAGAGUGGGGGAAGUUCACCCAAGUAACAAGGAUUACCAUCCUUUAUAUUUGAGGUGUUGGGCGGGGAAAGUAUUAGUGUGAAGCCUUGGUAAUCAGUUGGUUUUCAUUUAAAUUGCUUUGAAUAAUUGAUUUUGUUCUACAUUUUGUUCAGAUGAGUCUUAACCAUUACAUUUUUGUUAAUGGAUUUGCAAUGUGCAAACUUAACUAAGCAAUGUAAACAUUGUUGUACCUUGACAGUUGUACAGUUAGUAUCUUAAUUUGGAAUUGCUUCACAAUUAAUUAAAUACUAUUUCAGAGUAAACAAACAAAAAAAAAUCACCAGAAGCCCCCACACUAAUUAAUGUCAUACUUUUAGUGAGAAUGAUCUUACCUGAUAGUUGCAUGUUCCUGUGGCAUGAUUCCAUGGAAUAAUUAGCAAGACUUCCUUUGGUCACAAUAUUGUAGUGGAGAACCAUAUCCAUAUGAAUGUUUGUCAUGUGGCAUUGACAAGUUGCUCUGGAAUUAUUGUCCAUUGCCUUCAAGAUGCUUCAUGCAUUACAUAGUGAGGACACACACUGCUUCUGUGCAAUUGAGUUAUUGCUCUGGAACAGACUGAAGCAGUGUCCUAUUGCAAACAUUCAUCAGGACAUGGCAAGAAAAUGCCUUGUUUUAUAUAGCGGCAUGUCAAUGUAGCUCUAAGUAUGUCCUGUCUCCAGAUUCUACUAACUUUGCCAUUCUGUUCUGUAAAUUUGUCUACAUUUCCAAAGAUUGUAAAGAUUACAAAGUGGUGUCUUUAAUAUUACGGGUAAGUCAUAAAAAGUGACAUGUAAUAGUUCUUUAAGCCUUUAAUUUACCAGAUGUAUUUGGUUUUAUCCUACAUUUUCUCCAGAAUUAUGUAUAUAUGCACCCAGACUGUAUUUCAGUGGAAAAGGAGUCACUUAUUGUAUAUUGUGGAAAUCAAAGCACUGUAAAAACAGGUUUUUUUCACAUCUGUCCUAUAAAAUCUGCAUUAAAGUUAAUGUGGAUGCAAAUACAGCAUAAAUAUAUCUGCAUAAUUAAUGUGUGCCUGUUUUUCUGCAAGUGUUUACUAAAAACAUUGAGUUACAGUACAUGGUUUUAAGGAGAGAGCAUAAGCGUUGAUAGUUAGGAACUCAUUUAAUUUACAGAUAAUUUAUUAUUUUGCAAAAUGCACAUAAGGCAUAUCUUAAUUUAGAGAUAUUGUAUUCGAACCAAAUAGUUUCCAGACUGCCAUAACCAUUUUUGUUUUGAUUGCGAACAUGAUUUUGGCCAUUAUAUUUUAUUUUUGGCAUGGAUUUACUAAAGCCUUCAUCCCCCUCCCCCCAGCAUGUCUUUUCUCUUCCCCUUUGGUUCUCCUCAUAUUUACUACUAUUCUCUUUUUUCUUGUUUUUCCUUUUUUCUUUUUUGGUGUUCCUGUCUUCAUUGUUUUCAGGUAUUUCUUUCCCCCUCUGGAUUCCCCACGGGCUGGAUCAAGAUGGUCCAGUUAUGCCCAGCUCCUACCUCCUGCUCCUCUGAUAGAGCACUCUUGCGAUGCUGCCACUGCCAAUCUCCAGUAUCCUCACCCUCGCAGGCGAUAUAUCUCUCGACCUCUUAACCUAUUACGGGAACAUGAAGGGGUUUAAUGCACAUUUAAAACUGUAUUAAGGGCCUCAAUCAGAUGCUUGUAAAAUGCUUGCGUUUCUGUCUGCUUAUUAUUAUUUUGCAUACUUUCUCCCUCCAGAAUUCACUGUGCUAGCGCUUAUGCACCAAAUGCUAGCUCUGCUAAUCCAAUCCAUUUUCAACCAUGAUGAAACAAAUAAGCAGUAUUAGGUGUGGGUCAUACACAACAGAUAAGUUCAAAGUGCUUGUUCCACCAUUUUUAAAAUUUUUAUUUUUUGUAUUCAAUCUACCGUGCUAUUUUCAUUUUAAUAGAUUUUGUUUGUAUCCUGCAUUGUUUUUGGAAAUGUGUCCUUAAAACUAAAUAGAACUUGAAUAAAACUGUUCUACUGUGUGGAGGGGGGGGGGAAUCUUAAUCUCCAGCAUCAAACUUCUAAGUGAGCAGAUUCUUGAGGCUUUUUCCAGCCCUGGACAUUGGUACUGAAAUGGAAUGCUAAAGUAAAAAUGCAGUAUUUGUGCAUUCUGCAGCAAUAUAGAAUUGGUAGUAUGUUUAGCCACUUGCAAACAUUUUCACUUUCUUGCAUAAGAAUAUUUACACUAUGUUGUUUUAUAAUUGUAGGUUAAUAAAAAAAUUGAAAAUUA